GUUCUAACAGACCGUAAAUGAAAACAAUCGACUAACAAAAGGUUGAAAGUGAUUGGCUGAAAAUGUGUUGUUGUACAAUUCCAGCGUUUAAUAGGCUCGUUCUUCAUGCGUGCUUUUUCAGUCUCGCAGACAUUCACAGGACUCACAUCUAGAACUCACAUCAGUUUUUUAAGCUCACUUAAUCCAGUUGCUAAUAUGUCCAAAUUCGUAGCUACUUCUAACGGCCUCCAAAAAAGCAAUGCGAAACUAGCAAAAGAGAUCACUUUUUACCAUCUUGAUGAAGACUGCAACGAGAACCAGGAAACGAUUCACUCAGCCAUCAGAUUGCUUGCCGAGGUUUCUUGGAAUUUCAUUGACGCCUCGCAAGUGAGUGCAGAAGAGGUAGCGAUGAAGAUCUUCAGGGAGCCGAGGAUCAGUAGCCUCCUCAUUAACGUGUCACGCCUAGCUGUCUUCUCAAAGGAGUUGGCCAAGUCUUUCAGAGGCGAUCUUGACUCGCUUACUCUUAUUAAACAGCUGAAGUAUUUCUACAACCAACCAACUGUUGCCGUGAUACAGCAGCUUAACGACCUCGUCGCCAAUGUCACUGAUGAUACUAAAAAACUUGCUGAAUGGGACCACAUCACUAAGCUGAUUUCCGAAAGUCCUCUAGCGACCAAACCAGUUCGCCACGUCCUUCAGGACAAUGGGCUGCCUGAAUGUUACCAGACAAAUGCCGAUUACCUGGAAAAAGCGGACCCUCAUGCCGUCUACCCGACCUCGAUCUACCGCAGCUGUGAGGGUUACGUACUGGCUAAACCGGACGCGUCCCUGAUCGAGAGCACGAUGAGCACCACUCUGACGACCACCAUCAAAAUUGUGAAUGAUGUUCUCGACCCAGAGAAUAAGGAGCUUAAGAAUGCUUAUAAGCCAUUUGGCAGAUGUGUCGCAAUUAUUGAUGACAAGGUCGACAAGCUGUAUGGUGAACCCCUCAAACUCUACUUCGACACCCACAAUAUCAAGCUCUGGAAACUGGUCUUCCCAGGGAACGAGGUGGACAAAGACAUAUCCGCCGUAGAGAAGAUGUUAGUUGAGCUGAAGAAGAUCAAAGUCUCUCGAGAUCAGCCUAUACUAGUGAUGGGUGGGGGUGUCAUAUCAGACAUCGCUGGUUUCGCAGCAGCCCUGUACCAUCGUAACACCCCUUACGUCAUGCUGUGCACCAGCAUUGUGUCCGGCAUUGAUGCUGGACCGUCCCCCCGGACAUGCUGCGACGGGUUCGGCUUCAAGAACCUGUACGGCUCCUACCACCCGCCCGUCCUGACCCUGACGGACAGGAGCUUUUUCCGCACCCUCCACCAUGGAUGGAUCAGACACGGGAUAGCGGAGAUCGUCAAGAUGGCCGUGGUAAAGGACGAGGAGCUGUUUAACUUGCUAGAACAAGUCUCGUCCACUUUGGUGUGGACCAAGUUUGGUACUGAGAUCGAUGAUGUGAGUGGAGACAAGGAAACGUUUGAAAACGUUUGUGACCUCAUCAUUGGGAAAGCUCUUGAAGGGUACGUCCGGUCCGAAUAUGGUAACCUGUGGGAGACUCAUCAAUGUCGCCCACACGCCUACGGACACACGUGGAGCCCUGGGUACGAGCUGCCAGCUGGAAUGCUUCACGGUCACGCUGUGGCGACAGGCAUGGGCUUUGGAGCCUACCUUUCCUUCUGCAAUGACUGGAUUACCAAGCAGGAGCUUUACCGCAUUCUUAACCUUCUUAGCGGCCUAGAGCUGUCCCUAUGGCACCCCGUCAUGUGUGAUAAUAUGAAGAUCUACAAGGCACAAGAGAAGAUGAUCGAGAAGAGAGGGGGGAACCUUGCCGCACCUAUCCCAAAGGGCAUUGGAAACUGUGGCUAUCUGAACCACUUGCCGUUCGAGCUCCUUCAAAAGAGACUACGGGAAUACAAAGAGAUCUGCCAAGAGUUUCCAAGAAAGGGCUUGGGCAUUGAAGCACAUUGCAAAGAUGUUGGCCUUGAAGAUCCAGCUACGGUCGGAGGCGUGAAUAAGGAGUUGCCAGAAGAGAAUGUGGAUGCAGUUUCAAAUGGGGAUGCUGUUCCAAAUGGGGAUGCAGUUCCGAAUGGCUGCGAGAAUGGUAUCGAGAAUGAGAACAAGAAAAGAAAAAUCAAUCUUUCUUAUCAAGAGUGGAUAGAAAAAGUGCAGAAAAAGCGCAACGAGGGAAUCACUCGCAACGUUUCAUUGAAGCAGGCCGAGGACACCCCUCACCCUCCCGAGUUUGAGCCAAAUCAACUCUGCCGACCAGGCGUAGAAGACUAUGCCGGCGAUCUUUCCGAGCCCCCUAGUGCAGAUAUUCAGAAAAUUGCCAUAAUAACGGAACAGCAGCAGAUGUUCGUCCCAUGCAUGGUGGGACAUCUAGAGUCUCAGUUCCUGAAGAUGAUGGCUCAGAUCGCGAAUGCCAAACGUGUUCUUGACGUGGGUACGUUUACUGGAAUGUCUGCUAUGGCGUUUGCCGAGGGAAUCCCUCCAGAUGGCCAGGUGGUGACUAUCGAGUUCGACCAAACCAUCGCCUCCACUGCUGACAAGCUCUUCCGUGAUUCUGCGCAGGCGCAUAAGCUUACCCUCAAGGUCGGUGAUGCAGUAGACGUCAUGACAGACUUGAAGUCCGCUCAAGAGAAAUUCGACAUUAUCUUCCUAGACGCGGCAAAAGAUCAGUACAUCACGUACUACCAUCUCGCGUUAAGCAUGCUUACGCCAACAGGCUUCAUUCUAGCUGAUAAUUCGCUCUGUGCCUUGCUGUACGACCCUGAUGACUCGAGAAGACAGGCUCUUCACGAUUUCAACCAACUGGUCAAAAACGACAAAAGAGUAGAGCAGUUAGCCCUUCCUUUCAGAGAGGGCGUGUCGAUUAUUCGACCAAAGAAUUAGGUGGCUUUACAAUUGCAUUUACACUCCUUUGUUUGUUUGAUACUAGUUUUGUAGGUAUGAAAGAUAGUGUAGUUAUAUAAUAUUGAGCGUAUCAAUUUUUUUCGGUUAAUUGUAGGUAUAUAAUACGUAGGUAUGGUAUUUCAAUAAUAGCAUUGUUAAACAUUUUAAGCAUUUUAUCAAGGUUAAGCUUUUCGUAAAGGGAUUGGAAAUGUUCUGUUUUGUUUUAGUUUGACCUGAUUAAAUGUUUCAUAUGGUUUUGU